GAUCGCUGCUAACGAGGAGGGUUUACAUCCAGAUCCCACCUCCAUCCCCAUGCUGGGCAGGGCAAGGGAGCCUCACGUCCCCCUGCCCCUGCAGCGCUCCCGGCUGAAGGCUGAGGAGAAGACCCUGGACUUCGAGUUUGAGGUGCUCAGCGCCCAGUUUAACCAGCGGGGCCGCUAUGCCCUGAGGCUCACGGUGGAGAACCCCCUGCUGCAGGGCUCCAGCGCUGGCAUCCAGCUGCGUGUCAACAGCGGGGAGGUCACCCAGGGCAGCACCAGCACCACCGACACCAUCGAGCAGAGGGACCUCCACCAGCUCUACUGCUUCCAGAGGAGGAAAUUCACCUUCACCCUGCCCAGAGGUUUCUGCAAGAACGACGAGAACCACGACGUGCGGCUCCACAUUGAAGCCCUGCGCAUCCCCCGGAGGGCAGAGGGGCCGGGCAGGAGCAGGCAGGUGGGUGAAGCCUUCUUUGCCAUCUACCCCCGGCCCAACCAGCCCCACAUGAAGCUCUCUGCCGGGCGGGACGAGGACUGGUACCGCUACAGCGGGGUGAUGGCUCUGCUGCGGGUGGGCAGCAAGCAGCCGGCGAUGCACUGCGGCCGCAUGGCCUUCACCGCAUCCCUGCACGAGCACCGCGCACCCUCUGCACUGGUGGUACCCACAUCACUGUCCCCCAGCACCCAGGAGGACCAGCAAGCAGCAAGCCCCGCAGCAGCAUCCCCAGCCCUGGACAUCCCUGCAUCCAGCCGCUUGCUCCAUACACCAGAGUCUGCUUAUCACUCGCUGCCCACUGAAGGUCAUGCCUUCUCCCCACAGAGGCUGCAGGCUGGCCCUGCACUUGGCUCCUCCCCGGAGCUCCCGAGUGGCUCAGCAGAUGAGCAUCCUUCCUCUUCCUCCUCCUCUUCCUCGGUGGCUGUGCCCGCUGCACUGAGCUGCAGCAGCUUCCACCUCUCCUCGCCAGGCUCCAGCCCGGAUCUGGCCUCUUCUCCAGUGCAGGUAUCCACAUCCCCUGCUGGGACAGGGGACCCCAGCCAUGCACCGGUGGCCGGUGGGGGCCAUGUGGCCCGUGUGGGGAAGGAAUCCAUCACCAUCAUCUUCCAUGGUGCCAGCAACCUGCCAGCCACACGGGAGGGCCGGGUGCCAUGGCCAUACGUUGUCAUUGAGACCAGCAGAGGGGAUGAGCAGAAGCCGGAGGUGACCCGAGCAUCCUCAGUGCCCACCCAUGCACCCGCCUGGGAGGAGGAGGUGACGGUGGAAAUGGAUGCUGAAGAUGUAGGGUGGGCAGCCCUGACUCUCACCGUGGCAGAUAAAGCCACCAAGGAGGCACUGGGGACAUUCCAGCUGCCGGUGCGGCACCUCCAGCCCUUCCAGCCCCACCGCUGCAGGCUGGUGCUGCCAAGGACACAGGACCCUGUGGGGACGGUCCUGCACGUCACCAUCACCCGCAAAGGGAGCUUCGUCCCUCGCUGUGAUGGAUUGAGCUAUGUGGCCUUGGAGGUGCUGCUGCAGGGACUGUCAGCCCCUUUGGCCACCCCUCCUGGGCCCCUGGUGGCUGUGGCCAGAGUUGUGACCAAUGUUCAGGAGUACAAGCGCCGCAUGGAGAAGCAUCCCACCUUUUGUCCUGGCAUCACCCCCACCACCAUCACAUUCCCAGACCCUCCAGCAGCAGCCUUCUGCAUCACCCGAGCUGCCAACCACGGCUACCCUCAGAUGUCCCGAGCAGCCGGGCCCCCAGAGCAGCCAACCUGGAACAGCUCCUUCCUCUUCCAAGGCCGGGACGUGGCCACCAUCUUCUCUGAGGACACCGCCUUGGCUAUUGAAUAUUAUCCAUACAAAGCCAUGUGGGAUGCUCCAGGCACCCUUGCUCCCAUCGGAUACUCAGUGCUGCCCCUCACCAGCCGUGUAUUCCGGGAGCUGGUGGCACGGAACGGUGGGGUGCGUGUGGAUGGCCUCGCCAUGCAGGGCACAGACCUCAAAACCACAACUGGAGCCAUCCCAACCGUGAGGCUCUGCCUGCAGCUCCUUCAAUCGGAGAGCCCAGCGGCAUUCCUGACCCCAUCAGGCAGUGAUGUCCUCCCCAGCCUGGACCCUGCCACUGGCAGCACACUCAAGAGGAGCAAAGAGCUGCGAGCAGCCCCCGUGCACCCACGUUAUUGCCAGCUCCAUCAGGACGAUGUGUCCCUCCCGGCAGGUGAUGCCAUGGCCAGCAUCCUGCCUGGAAAGCAGCUGAUCCCACAAGGGACGAGAGCACCAUUGGAGGAGCAGAGGUCCCAGGAGAUCACUGGGGACCACCCGGAGCCGGAGGCGAGCAGCUACCGGCUGGCGCUGGAGCGGAUGGCAGGGGCCGUGCUGUCCCUGCGCCAGCAGGUCACCAGCCUGGAGGUGGAGAACAGGCACCUGCGGAGCAGCCUGGCCUCGCGGAACGAGCUGGGCCAGGAGCUGCUCGCGGAUGGGGACACGGACGUCAUGACCCGGGAGGAGCUGCUGGACAGGAUGGCCACCCUCAAGCAUCAGCUGGUGACCGGUGCAGCGGAGAUGAGGAGGCUGAAGGACCGCGUCCAGCAGCUGCAGAAUGAGCUGAUCCGGAAGAAUGACCGGGAGAAGGAGCUGGUGCUGCUGCAGCGAGCCCACCGGCAGCAGCAAACUGCACUGAGGAGGUGCCAGGAGAAGGUGGCCAAGAUGAAAGGCUUGGAGGGGGUGGUGUGGCAGCAGGAGAAGGUGAUGGAGGUGAUGGAGCGGGUGCUGCAGGAGAAGCUUGCCGGGACAGGCAGGAGCACUGGGAAGCUGAUGGGGGGUGUAAGACACACCCCAGUGUCCCCCCCACCCCACCCCACAGGUGAAGAGCCCUCCAAGGUGUACACCAUGCUGCUGGCUGAGAACUGCAGGCUGCGGGAGGAGCUGGCCAGGGCCCCCCAUCACUUGCCCCCCAUUGCCCCACAGCCCCCAGCCUUGCCGGGUGGCUUUGGGGCCAAGGAGAAGCUGUCCCUGCUGGCCAGGCUGGAGGAGGCACAGGCCCGCGGGAGGGUGCUGGAGAAGCAGCUGGAAGAGGCAGCACGGAGCUGGGGACGGGAGAAGCAGGAGCUGGGCACCCGGCUGCUGGAGCAGGAGCACGGCUUCCCCCACAUCCCCAGCACGACCCUCUUAUUGCAGCCCCCUCACCACACCGAGGAUUCACAUCUCCCCAAGAGCUCCCCCUUUCCGCAGCACAUCCUGCCAAUGAUGAUGUCCAGGGCUCACCUGAGCAGCCCCCAGCCCCUGCCCCCCCUGCCCUAA